UUAGAAACCCUACUAAACACAAAAUUGGAAACUACAGAUCUCAAGUGGGUGACGUUCCCGCAGGUGGACGGCCAGUGGGAGGAGGUGAGCGGACUGGACGAGGAGCAGCACAGCGUGCGCACCUAUGAGGUGUGCGACCUGCAGCGCUCGCCCGGUGUGGCGCACUGGCUGCGCACAGGCUGGGUCCCUCGCCGUGGUGCCGUGCACGUCUACGCCACGCUGCGUUUCACCAUGCUCGAGUGCCUGUCUCUGCCCCGGGCUGGCCGUGCCUGCAAGGAGACCUUCACUGUCUUCUACUACGAGAGCGACGCCAACACGGCCACGGCGCUCACACCAGCCUGGAUGGAAAACCCUUACAUCAAGGUGGACACGGUGGCUGCGGAGCAUCUGACCCGGAAGCGUCCCGGGGCCGAGGCGACAGGGAAGGUCAAUGUGAAGACGCUGCGUCUGGGCCCGCUCAGCAAGGCUGGCUUCUACCUGGCCUUCCAGGACCAAGGCGCCUGCAUGGCCCUGCUGUCCCUGCAUCUGUUCUACAAGAAGUGCGCCCAGCUGACCGUGAACCUGACCCGCUUUCCAGAGACUGUGCCCCGCGAGCUCGUGGUGCCUGUGGCUGGCAGCUGCGUGGCUGAUGCAGUUCCUGUGGGUCCCAGCCCCAGCCUGUACUGCCGAGAAGAUGGCCAGUGGGCGGAGCAGCCUGUCACUGGCUGCACCUGUGCCGCGGGCUAUGAGGCCUCGGAGGGGAACACGAAGUGUCGAGCCUGUGGCCAGGGGACCUUCAAGCCCCAGUCAGGGGAGGGGUCCUGCCAGCCCUGCCCGGCUAACAGCCACACCAACACCAUCGGAUCCUCGGUCUGCCAGUGUCGCAUCGGGUACUACCGUGCCCGCACAGACCUCCGGAGUGCAGCCUGCACCACACCACCCUCCGCCCCGCGCAGCGUUGUGCACCACCUGAACGGCUCUUUGCUGCAACUGGAGUGGAGCGCGCCGCUCGAGUCGGGUGGCCGGGAUGACCUGACCUACGCGCUCCGCUGCAGGGAGUGUCGCCCAGGGGGUGCCUGCACACCCUGCGGGGGCGACCUAACCUUCGACCCCGGGCCCCGAGACCUGGUGGAGCCUUGGGUGGCAGUUCGAGGGCUGCGUCCCGACUUCACUUACACCUUUGAGGUCACCGCCUUGAAUGGUGUGUCUUCCAUGGCCACAGGGCCUGUGCCGUUUGAACCUGUCAAUGUCACCACCGACCGAGAGGUGCCCCCUGCAGUGUCUGACAUCCGGGUGACCCGGUCAUCGCCCAGCAGCUUGACUCUGGCCUGGGCUGUUCCCCGAGCAUCCAGCGGGGCUGUGCUGGACUACGAGGUCAAGUAUCACGAGAAGGGCGCGGAGGGCCCAAGCAACAUCCGGUUCCUGAAGACGUCAGAAAACCGGGCGGAGCUGCAGGGGCUGAAGCGCGGAGCCAGCUACCUGGUUCAGGUGCGGGCGCGCUCCGAGGCCGGCUACGGGCCCUUCGGCCAGGAGCACCACAGCCAGACCCAGUUGGACGAGAGCGACAGCUGGCGGGAGCAGCUGGCCCUGAUUGCCGGCACAGCAGUUGUGGGUGUGGUGCUGGUCCUGGUGGUCAUUGUCAUUGCUGUCCUCUGCCUCAGGAAACAGAGCAGUGGGAGGGAAGCGGAAUACUCAGACAAGCACGGGCAGUACCUCAUCGGGCACGGUACAAAGGUCUACAUUGACCCCUUCACUUACGAAGACCCCAAUGAGGCCGUGAGAGAAUUUGCCAAAGAGAUUGAUGUGUCCUACGUGAAGAUCGAGGAGGUGAUUGGUGCAGGCGAGUUUGGGGAGGUCUGCCGAGGGCGGCUGAAGGCCCCGGGAAAAAAGGAGACCUGCGUGGCUAUCAAGACCCUGAAGGGUGGCUACACAGAACGGCAGCGGCGUGAGUUCCUGAGUGAGGCCUCCAUCAUGGGCCAGUUUGAACACCCCAACAUCAUCCGCCUGGAGGGAGUGGUCACCAACAGCGUGCCCGUCAUGAUCCUCACUGAGUUCAUGGAGAACGGUGCCCUGGACUCCUUCCUGCGGCUCAAUGACGGGCAGUUCACCGCCAUCCAGCUGGUGGGCAUGUUGCGGGGCAUCGCCUCCGGCAUGCGGUACCUGGCCGAGAUGAGCUAUGUGCACCGAGACCUGGCUGCCCGCAACAUCCUGGUCAACAGCAACCUGGUCUGCAAGGUCUCAGACUUCGGCCUCUCCCGGUUCUUGGAGGAGAAUUCUUCUGACCCCACUUACACAAGCUCUCUGGGUGGAAAGAUUCCCAUCCGAUGGACGGCUCCUGAGGCCAUUGCCUUCCGAAAGUUCACCUCAGCCAGCGAUGCAUGGAGCUAUGGGAUUGUGAUGUGGGAGGUGAUGUCUUUCGGAGAACGGCCAUACUGGGACAUGAGCAAUCAGGAUGUGAUCAACGCUAUUGAACAAGACUACCGCCUGCCCCCGCCCCCAGACUGCCCCACCUCCCUCCAUCAGCUCAUGCUGGAUUGUUGGCAGAAGGACCGGAAUGCCCGGCCCCGCUUCCCCCAGGUGGUCAGCGCCCUCGACAAGAUGAUCCGGAACCCUGCCAGUCUCAAAAUCGUGGCCAGAGAGAACGGCGGGGCCUCACACCCACUCCUGGACCAACGGCAGCCUCACUACUCAGCUUUUGGCUCUGUGGGCGAGUGGCUUCGAGCCAUCAAGAUGGGAAGAUACGAAGAAAGUUUUGCAGCGGCUGGGUUCGGCUCCUUCGAGCUGGUCAGCCAGAUCUCCGCAGAGGACCUACUCCGGAUUGGAGUCACUCUGGCAGGACACCAGAAGAAGAUUUUGGCCAGUGUCCAGCAUAUGAAAUCCCAAGCCAAGCCUGGAAUUCCAGGCGGGACGGGAGGACCAGCCCCGCAGUACUGACCUGCAGGACCCCUUCUCCCCAGAACACGACCUCGCUUUCUUCCGGGGACAGAGUCGGGUGGGGACUCAUAGAGAUCCCCAGCCCUGCGCCCUGCUGGAUAGCACUUUGAACUCGUGGGGGUGGGGAGUUGGCAAUUUGGAGGGAGGCUUUUGUGGGGACUGUGCCACUUGAGAGGGUGGAAAUGGCUUUCUUUCCCCUCCAGGCAGGAAACCCAGAGCCAGAGUGAGGGUACCUUUCCCUCAGGACUGGGUGUGGCCAGAGGAAAUGGAAACACCCUUAAUCUUCUGGCUCCCCAGGUGCUCCUCCUCACCUUGAGGGCAAGUCCCUGCAGACCAAAGAUGGGGUGA